AUGAGAAACGAUGCUUUAUUCAAAUUUUAUAGAGAAGCAGAAGAUAGAAUACAGUGUGGACAAUUUAAUACAGGUAAAAGAUUAGGAGAACGAAUAACGGAUGUGACUUUCUGGCGUAAUGAAGUUGCAUCGGAACUUGAAAGACUCAUACACGAGAUCGAAAGACUCCAGGACUGUCGAGCAGUUUUAGAAAAAGCAGUACGUGACGUGGAUGGCCCUUUGCAUAUAGCCGAGGAAUGUUUAUACCAUCGGGAAUCUCGAAAAGGGACAGAACUUGUACACGAUGAAAGUGAAAAGUGCCUCCUUCGUGAGGUUCAAAUGUUGAGGUGCAAUCAAAAAAAGUUAGAAGCUUGUCUUGAAAGAUGUAAGGAUCAGCUCCGAAUCUGCAGAGCAUCUCAAAAUCAAUUAGAACUUGACUUGAAAAAUAAAGAAACUGCUCUUGGCAUUGAUACUUUGUGUCACCAACUUAAUAACUACAGCCAAGGAUUGCAGUACUACUCCGGAAUCGAAAAAUAUGAUCCAUGUAUUUCAGAGCAGGAAUCAUGGGCAGAAGCAGUAAACAGAAUAGUACAGAAAUCACAGACCGAAAGAGCCAAAUCCUGUCAGUUACGAACCGAUGCAGAAACUUUAGUGAACCGUGUAGCACAGGAUAUGUGGGAAUCAUGGUCUAUGACCAAUAAUGCUCUUGCCCAACGGUCUACCGAAAUGCUCGAAGCUAAAAGCAAAUUACAACAACAUCUUCACAAGGUACAACAAGAAAUAUUCGAUAUUGAAAAGAACUUGGAAUUAAUGAGAAAAGCUAUAGCAGAUAAAAGUCAUGCUAUUAAAGUUGCCCACACAAGAUUGGAAGCAAGAAUGCAUCGUCCAGAGAUAGAAUUAUGUCGUGAUUACGCGUACAUGAGGUAGAUUCUAUUAUAAAAUAAUCGUCACUUUUUUCAGAGGCCCAUCCUAAGUUACAUUUUAUUUAUUUACAGUUUACAAAAGGAAACAGAUGAAAUAGCUAGACAGGUGGAGAGAAUGUACAGA